AUGCCGCUGCUGCGGGGCUGGACGCUGCUGCUGGCGGCCCUGCUGCCCUCGGCGCUGCCGUCGCUGCUGGCCGCGCCGCCGCCCGCCUGCCCCGAGCGCUGCGAUCGCUCCCGCUGCCCGGCUCUGCCCGCGGCGUGUCCCGGCGGGCCCGUGCCCGACGCCUGCGGCUGCUGCCGGGUGUGCGGGGCCGAGGAGGGCGAGGCGUGCGGGGGCGCGGGGCCGCCCUGCGGAGAGGGGCUGCAGUGCGUGCUGCCGCCCGGAGCCGUGCCCGCCUCGGCCACCGUGCGCAAGCGGGCGGCCGCGGGGCGCUGCCAGUGCACCAGCAGCGAGCCCGUGUGCGGCAGCGAUGCGGUCACCUACGCCAGCCACUGCCAGCUGCGGGCCGCCAGCCGCCGCGCGGAGCUCCUCCGGCAGCCGCCCAUCAUCGCCAUCCAGCGCGGAGCCUGCGGGCAGGGCCAAGAACAUCCCAACAGCCUGAGGCACAAAUACAACUUUAUUGCAGAUGUGGUGGAGAAGAUCGCCCCUGCUGUGGUUCACAUUGAAUUAUUUCGCAAACUUCCAUUUUCCAAGAGGGAGGUUCCUGUAGCCAGUGGCUCGGGGUUCAUUGUCUCUGAGGAUGGGCUGAUCGUCACCAACGCCCACGUGGUCACCAACAAGAACAGGGUGAAGGUGGAGCUCAAGAACGGGGAGACCUACGAAGCCAAAAUUAAAGAUGUUGAUGAAAAAUCAGACAUUGCACUAAUUAAAAUAGAUUCUCAGGGUAAAUUGCCAGUUCUUCUGCUGGGCCAGUCUGCAGACCUGAGGCCAGGGGAGUUUGUGGUGGCCAUUGGCAGCCCCUUUUCCCUGCAGAACACGGUGACCACGGGCAUCGUGAGCACCACGCAGCGCGGGGGCAAGGAGCUGGGGCUGCGCAACUCCGACAUGGACUACAUCCAGACAGAUGCCAUCAUCAAUUAUGGGAAUUCUGGAGGACCCCUAGUAAAUCUGGAUGGUGAAGUCAUUGGAAUUAACACAUUAAAAGUUACAGCAGGAAUCUCAUUUGCUAUCCCAUCUGAUAAAAUAAAGAAGUUCCUAACUGAAUCCCAUGACAGACAAGCUAAAGGAAAAGCUGUAACCAAAAAGAAAUACAUUGGCAUACGAAUGAUGUCCCUAACCCCCAGCAAAGCUAGAGAGCUGAAGGAUCGCCAUAAAGACUUCCCUGAUGUUGUCUCUGGGGCCUAUGUCAUUGAAGUCAUUCCAGAAACACCAGCUGAAGCUGGUGGCCUGAAGGACAACGAUGUGAUUAUAAGCAUCAAUGGGCAGUCCAUAAGCUCAGCCAGUGAUGUCAGUGACAUCAUUAAAAAGGACAGUACCUUGCACAUGGUGGUGCGCAGGGGCAACGAAGAUGUGAUGCUCACAGUAGUUCCCGAGGAAAUCGACCCCUAACCAGAAACAUGAGCUGGAUUUCAUGUUUUCUUUUAACAGCAAUGGACUGCUUGUACUCUCUCUGUGCUGGUACAGGAAAACGUUAGACUUCUGACCAACAUUCUGCUUGUUCAGUGGAUUAGUAUUGGCCAACAGAGUAACUUCUACUAGGUUUAAGGUGCAAAAUCAGCGUAAUUUCACAUACUCCUGAUGAUAAUUUUUUUUUUCCUUCUGUAUUAUGUAUGCAAUGUAUUCUUUACUGGCUUUUACAUCCCCCUGCUUAACGGAUCAACAUUUGCUUCCCUGUGUUGAGUAGAUUUCCUGUCAUUUCCUCUAAGACUUAAACAAAACACAACCCACGCACACAAUGUGUGUUGUGGCAUUCAGGUAUUUAUAGGUUAGCUGUGUUUUAACUGGAAAUGCCAUUGUAAAGGAGUAGUCAGCCUAAAAGGAAACACAAUUGGGAAAUAAAGUUUGGUUUAUAAACACAAAAGGAAUCCCAACCCAAAUAACCUCCCGAGGACCCCAUGCAGGACUUUAAUACUAUGAUAUUUUCCUAGUGUUAUUAAAAGAAUUCAACAGUACCUCUUGUGAGUGACUCAUUUUGCUUCCCCUUAUGGAGUGGUUUUCUUUGCAUGGCACAUCUGCCUGGUGGUCUCCCUUUAAUCAUCAUUUAAUUACAUGACUUAUUUUUCAGAAUGUGCCUUGUGUUUGUGCUUUUGUGCAAUCUGUUCUCCUCAGCAAGGCUGGGAUGAAUUUGUCAUGUUGCCUUUGUCUUCCAGAUGUUAAUGCAUUUUCCUUACUGUUUUAAUUACAACCCCACCAAUGCCUGGAAUCUGUUUGCCCACUGUAGAAAUUGCCACAUGGUGCGUCACAGAUCUCAUACCAUUCUGGUUCAGGUAUCAGGAUGUCUGUAACCAUUUAGACCUGGCAUUAAGCUCUUUUAAAUAGGCCUGGUUUAUCCAAAUCUGGAGUGCUGGUGUGUGUGUGUGGACCUGGUUUUGGCUCUGGGAUAUAGGGCAUUCCUCUGACAGGCAUUAAUCUUCAUACAUAUGUUUAUUGAUGCCCUUGAAGCUCGGGGGUGGUGAGUGGGUUUGUCGUGCUGUGAAGGAGAACAAUCAGCUACACCUAAUUACAAGGUAAUUACUCAUUGGGUAAAUAAUAGGCUAAGCAGCCUUUUCUUUGCUCUGUUGUAACAUGCAUUUCAGAGAAUAAAUCCAAGGGCUGUAGACAAGUUUUGGUGACUGUCAUUCCUCAACAGGCUCUUCUUUUAGAAAAAGAAUGCUUUAGUAAACCUCUCCAGCUGGGUAGCUGGCAGUUCAUGGUUUUUAAAGAAAGGGCUGUAUUCCACCCAAAUGCAGCAAUAAAUCCUCGAGAGCUGGAUUCCUGACAGGGCUCCUUCUCCUCCCAGCUGUAUUUCAGUUCUGUUUCAGUUUAUCCCAAUUUAAGGAGCCUUCCCAUCCCCAGCUGCCAGUGCCUGCCCUUACUCACCUAGAUCACUGUAAUUUUACACAGUGUGUGGCAUUAAUUAAUUGCAGUGUGCCUUUCAGUGCAGUAUUGUCUCCUGACAGGAUGGAACAUCUCAUUGCCACCUUGUGCCAUGGCUGUGGAAAAUUACACAUGUGAAAAUCUGCCCAAGCAGUGCCAGUCUGCAAUCCUUUCUAGCCCCAAAAACGCAAAGGAUGACCUUGCAGAAGUGUUCUGUAGCAUCUUUGUUCAUCUUGCUGAUGUUGAUUAUUGUUCCAGCUCACAGUUGAAGUGCCGGUGUGUUUUGCAGUCUGUUUGUGCCCUGUGACACACAGCUCUCAGCAAAAAUGAGUUUAAAAAUCACCUGCCUUCUCUACUACUCCACCUAACCCAACUAGUAAAAAUUAAACUAAAGCCCCAAAGCCAGGAAAUUGUUUGUAAAACCAAAGUUUUCAUCUGCCUUUUUAUUUCAAAACAAGUGCUUGCACAAUUUGCAGAGCUGAUUGAUUCUCUUUGUUGCUGUUGCUUGUUGUUGUGGUCUCUUAAUAUGCAAACUCAUUAAUUUUCUUUGUGUGGGCAUUAGGAAAGAAGCAAAAGAAAUUCUGCAAAUGGUUUUCCUGGGUCACUGGGAUUAGUGAAAUAUUUGACCAGAAUUCUAGCCCUGAGCUCCAUCCAGUGGGAUGUGUGAUGGUCUCAUUGCAGCCAUUCACUUUGAAAGUGGUUUUCUCUUUUACCUUCUCCUAAUUUGUAAUUAAUUUCUGUGCAGUGGAUAUUGGUAACCACAUGAAUAUCAUAUGGAAAAUAUUUGGAAUUUGAAUUCCUUGUAUCCAACCAUGCAGCUACCCAGAUGGUUUCUCACAAAGUAUUCUCCAAAUGAUUAUUAAAUAUUUGAACUAUGAUUACUGAUUA